AUGAGGAUGAUAUCUCCCAUUAUCUUCACCGUCUCUCUCCUGCUUUCCUCCGCCUGCCAUGCUGCAGUGCAGGAGUUCUGUGUGGCUGACCUCACAGCUCCUGAAAGCCCCGUAGGUUACUCUUGCAAGAAGCCAGAAACGUUGACGGUGAAUGAUUUUGUUUACUCCGGCCUAGGCGUUGCUGGAAAUACCUCAAAUCCUCUUAAAGCUGCAGUGACCUUGGCAACCGUUCCGGAGUUUCCUGCCCUGAACGGGCUUGGAAUCUCUUUGGCUCGUGUGGACGUGGCGGCUGGUGGAGGUGGGGCAAUCCACACACACCCUAGAGCUACAGAAAUUGUACAUGUUGUGAGUGGGGAAAUCACCGCUGGGUUUAUUUCUGGAGCUAAUAAAGUUUACUAUAAAACUCUGAACAAGGGUGACAUAAUCGUUAUCCCUCAAGGAUUACUUCACUUCCAAUUAAAUUCCGGACGAAUUCCAGCCAAAUUAUAUGUUAGCUUUAGUAGUGCAAGCCCAGGUCUCCAGAUUCUGGACAACGCUUUGUUUGCAAACAAUUUACCCACUGAGUUGGUAGCAGCAACAACUUUCUUGGACAUUGCUCAGAUUAAGAAGCUUAAAGGCGCUUUUGGGGGCAUUGGUUAA